AUGGAGCGUUGGUCCCAACUACAGGAGAUGGUGAUCGGCGGGGAUGCCCGAGCUGAUGAGAUCUGCCAGCUGCUGACGAACGAGGCCGACACGGACCUGCGCAGGUCGGUGCUCCUGCAGCGACUCGUGGACGUGCUUGGAGAGGGCUUCACUCCGUUGAGUGCACAGAUGCAGCUGCAGUGGAUGCUGUUGGAGGACGCCGUCGCCUCCGGUGACUCGACAGCGACACACUUGCUCAGUUUUCUGGCAAGUGCACGGGGGUCCCCUGUGGUCGCUCUGGCUCGCCUGACAAAGGGCGUGGGUGCCAAGGAUUGGCGCAACAUCUCGCCAGGAGUGGCGGAGAUGUUGAUGCGCGAUGUGCCGGAGGCGGUCGAAGUCUAUGACGACAAUUCCGAGGAGGAGGAACAGGGUGUGGUGGCGUGCCCGUGGACAGAACAGGCUGAGGCCGCGGAGUUGGAGGCGGCGGCAAAUAUCUCGCACGACUUCGUCGACGAGGAUCCGAUUGCGGAGCAGCCUGAUGACGAUCACCUGGACGAGCAGGCGGAUGCGAACGAGGAGGUGCCCCAAAUCCUCUUCGACAGGGUCAACCCAGUGGCAGUCGAAGAGAUUGGCAAGCGUGUUCUCAGCAAGGUCUUCAGGACAGGCAACGGGAACGGCCCGACGGUGAUGCGCAUCUGUGGAGAUAUCCUGGCACAGUGCACACGUGGGAAGGUGGCCGGGGCGAGGUGCUUUCGCACUACGUACAGGGAGGAGAAGGGGAUGGUCGCCAUCGGCAAAAAAGGCAGGCCACCUUCGCCCAGCCGAAUUGGCUCCGGUCACUGCUUCGCUCGGGAUUUCGUCUUUGACUUGGAGAACUGCCACUUGGCAGUGCUGCGCGAACGCCAUCAGCCAGCGGCCGACUCGGCGCUGGAGACAUACUUCCAGGACAGGGAGCGCAUCCUCCGCGACACACAUGCGGACCGCACCGUGGCCAAACAGCUCUUCCUGCGUCUUCUGUACGGUGGGUCGAUCUUGGCCUGGAAGCGCACGCACCGACUUGGGGAGUUCGCGACAGAGCAGUUUGCCGAGCGGUUCGCAGCAGAGAUGGCUGCCAUGCGGCAGGCUGACUGCCAGAACCACACCCAGCUACUUGCCAAGCUGAAGGCGAGUGAGAAGAUUCUGAUCCGCGACUUGACGGACUACCACAUCGAAUGGACCACCUCGGAACAGGAUGCGGGGUUUCGGAGCAACACUCGCUGGGAGUUCACUGGCCAGACUUUCCAGAACGGCGUUGCCAACUGGCUGAAAUCGAAUCUGGGAGAGUCCUCCGCGGCCUUCGAUGUGGACGGAGAGUCCUGCCGCAAGUACUUGAACUUCUCCGGCAGCAAAGUGCUGAACAGUGAGACGCUGGAGUG